UUUUAUCACUUAAAUUACACCCCCCCAAAAAAAUGAAUAUUUCACAACCCAAAAAACACCCACAAAAAAGCACCAAGAAGAGGCUUACAAACGAACAAGUGAAGCUCCUAGAAACAAGUUUUAACUACAACAACAAGCUUGAUUCGACUCGAAAGAGUCAUUUGGCUCAAGAACUUGGUAUCCCGGCCAGACAAAUUGCAAUAUGGUAUCAAAACAAGCGAGCUCGUUGGAGGAACCAAAGCCUAGAGACGGAAUAUAAGGCUAUUCAACACAAGCUUGAACGCGUGUCAAGUGACAAAAGCCGGCUCGAAAGAGAGGUUGAGAGACUCAAAGGUGAGUUAGAAAAGGCUAAAGAGUUGUUGGUGUCAUCAAAGACUCAAAUGAAUUAUGCAUCUUUACCAUCAUUUUCUAGUUCUUGUGAUGAAGUUGGAAGCUCAAGUUUGCUUGGUGAUCAUGGAGAUUUCUAUGUUUGUUUUGAUAAUCAUCAUCAAUUUGAUCACAAAUCCAACGGUCAUGAUUUUUUUGGUAGGUCAAUGUCUUGAUCAAUUUGUAUGUGUGUAAUUAAGAUGUAUGCUCUUUGGAACAAAUAAAAGUCUUUGGUUUCUUGAUCCA